AAACUGGGCAAAAUUUCUCAGUUCAGAUAGAUAUUCGUGCAUAUCCGAACGUAAACUGCCCAAACCGGAUGGUACCUACACUGGGCAAUGGGCUCAGCAUCACCUAGUACCUACCUGAGAAAAGAGACCGUAUACCGUAGGUAGCUCACAAGAGUCAGCCUAUAGAACUUGAAGCUCAAACUGAAGCUCAACCAGAAGUGCAAGCUAGCGUCCUCCCUGCAUGAACACAGUCAAAACUUGAAAGUUCAAUGGGUUCCCUGGAAACUGUCCAAGACGGACUCCUGGAUCUCAUUUUGAGCAAGGUGCCCAGGCGGUAUUGGCAGUGCAUCCAAGAUCUAUGGCCAGAGUCAUUCGGGCCUGGGCUUGGUUUAUCAACGGUGGAAGGAGUGGGUCAAAGAGCAGGAUGGUAAAGAACGCCUAGACACUCAGCCAAAGGAAAGGCUGAUGAUUCUUUGCUAUUUCAAUCUUUUCCCUGGCCGACUUAUGGCAGCGGAGGGGUUCUUGAGCAAAGACAGGUCCACACUAACCAUCAAAAUCCUUCCACACGGUGUAAAGGAAUGCUUUGCCAGAUUCUAUUUUCCUAAUUGCGCUCCUGUAUUUAGGGAUGAUCAGAUGGAACUGCUGCUGAGUGGAAACCUGGACAUGUCGGACAGUCGCAUUGAGUAUGAGAGGUGGGCGACUGACUUGCGUAGAACCGACAAUUGGGGAGACGAGAGAAUGAGUCGCAGAGGUGAGCAGGUUGAAGAGCAAGAUGGCGGCGCAGGUUUUGGCCUGGGGCGGUACGAUAUCAUCAACCUCAGGACACGCUGGCGGGGGGAAGCGACACCCCGGGGGUGGGCAUUGCAACCGAGGGGAAAGCGGGAAACGAUAGCCUUCCUUUCGGACGACUCAAGUCUUCUGCUAGACCAACCACUGGUUGACCUUCUAGACUCUCUGACGCACUUCAGAGACACGCACAUCAGGCAAACAAACGCCAACCACCAGCUGAGCGAGCACACCUCUGCCGCUUUGGACCUUUCAGGACUCGCGCGCUGGCUGUAA